UGCGACUCUGUGGGAGUGGCCACCCCUCAGGGGACUGUGGUGACGGAGAUACUUGGAGAAGUACCCAGCUCAACUGGAGAGUUAAAACUGGGUUUCUGCAGUCACCCUUUGUGCUUCCAUCCGGAGAACCCAUGUUUUCACAUCUUUCUUUUGAGUGUGUCUUGCUGCUGUUGCUACUCCUGCUGACAGGGUCUUUGGAAGCAGAAUACAUAGUGGAGCUGGGCCAGAAUGCCCAGCUGCCCUGCACCUUCCACCUGGCCUCCUCAGGGAAUCUUGUGCCUGUGUGCUGGGGCAAGGGAUCCUGUCCCACGUUUGACUGUCCAAAUGUGCUGCUCAGAACUAAGGGAAGACGUGUGACAUAUAGGACAUCCGAAAGAUACCAGGUACAGAGUAACUUCUACGAAGGAGAUGUGUCCCUGACCAUAAAGAAUGUGAUUCUAGGUGACGGUGGAACCUACUGCUGCCGGGUCCAACACCCUGGCCCAAUGAAUGAUGGCAAAUUCAACUUACAGUUGGUUAUCAGACCAUCCAAGGCCACUCCUGCUCCAACAGCGCGGAGAGACUGGACUUCAACCCUUCCAAGGAUGCUCACCACCAAUGGACAUGGCUCAGAAACACAGACCCUGAGGAUGCGCCACGAUAAAAAUGAAACACAAACAUUCCCCCUGGCUAAUGAGGUCCAAGACUCUGGAACAGCCGCCAGCAUAGGUGUCUACAUUGUAGCAGGAGUCUCCGCUGGCGUGGCCCUUGGACUUAUUUUGGGCGCAUUAAUUGUCAUGUGGUACUCUCACAGGAAACAGAAGUUCCGGAACACAAGCCUCAUCACUCUGGCCAACCUUCCUCCUUCGGGAUUAGCAAAUGCAGGAGCAGAGGGGAUUCGCUCAGAGGUUAAUGUCUACACCACGGAGGAGAACGUCUACACCAUUGAGGAGAACUUCUAUACCACGGAGGAGAAUGUCUACACCAUGGAGGAGAACGUCUACGAAAUAGAGGAUCCAACAGGUCUAUGGUGUGGACGGAUCUCUCAGGGACAAGGAAGCACUCUUCGUGAUUGUGGCCCUGUUCUGCUGUGUCAUGGGGAAAUAUCUCUGAAAAACUCCAUUCAUGUAGAAAGCUGGAGCUCUGCUGUUCUCUUCCCCUCCUCUUUUUUCCUGGUAGAAGAUGGUAGGGGCCUCCAGGAAUUUGUACCAUCUGUGUUGAUUUCAGUCCCAAGAUGACAGAACUAUGCUUUUCUGCUUAUUUCUGACUCCCCAGUGCCUGGGCUGGUUCUCAUGCAGAACAGAAACUGAUUCAUUGUCUUCAGAAGUAAGACUCAAAUAAGCAGGUUACCUUUUGGAGAGGCUGAAGAGCUCAAAAGAGCUUGAGUCUGUACCUUCAUUACUUGAAGAGUUUGCAGGCACCCACAUCUGCUCUUACUCAGCCACAGCGGCCUUGGUUUCUCAAUAUGUCUUCCCCUGCAGGCCCCUGAUAGGCUGCUGCUCCUCUGCCUGCUCCCUUCCUUCGGGGGAGCCCUCCUAGCUCAUAAAGAACACACCAGCUCUGUGGCCCUGUUCCUGCCUGAACACUGCCCCUCUCCAGGUGAGGGCUCCCUUGCUGUUGCGCUGUUUGCAGGAGAGGUGGGUCGUGCAGGAUGAGACGGCCUGCUUGCAGGGACUGAGGAUUUACCUUAGUGGUUCUGCCUCCUGCCUCGCAAGUGUAAGUACAGGAGGUUGAUGCCUGUUACCACACACACACACACACAAAGAAGUUCUUUGCAGUAGUAAUACUUUGGUGAAGCCUGCGGACGCAGCUUUUAAGAAUGAAUUUUUUGUGUUUGAGACAGGGUCAAUUCAGACUGGCCAUUAACUAUGUAGACCAGGGCACCCUUGAACUUGUAGCUAAACUCCUGGUUUAGCUUUGAAAGUGCUGGGGUUGGAGGAAUGCACCACCAUGCUUGGCAAAAAUGAGCUUUCCAACUCACUGCAUUUGUCUAGUUUCACUCCAGGAGAAAUCCUUUUAUAAGAACAAAAUUAACACUUGACAAAAACUCGGUUUAUUCAUUUUAUGUGUAAGUCAUUCUCCAGUUCAGCUAUUCUAUUCCUUAGUUUUGAAUCUUGGAAAAAAGCCUUAGCAUGUCCAAUAACUUUGUAUAGUUUUCACAAAGAUAGAAAGUUUGAUGCCUGGUAAAUUUGAAGGCUUGCAAGUCUCUGCUGCACAUACAUUGUUUUUUAUGACUGUCGUCCUUUAAUGUGGAUUGGGAUGCUGAUUAUUGCUUAACUUCAUCAGAAGGUUUUGACGCCCUCCUUGCAUCUUGUCAUAUACAAAUCCUGCAGUGUUACACAUGGACUGAAUUUGCACAUUUAUCUCCUUUCUAUGGUUUCUCUCUAGUAUGGGCUGUCUAAUGUGUGCUGAAGUGUGAAUACUGAAAAUAGGAUUUGACAAACCAUACUCAUCGAAGGUUUUCUUGAGGAUAUAUUUUGAUAUGUUCUGAGCCCUGAGUACAUAUUAAGGUUUGCCACUCUCGUUCCAUUUGUGAGGUUUUUUUCCAGUUUGAAUUUUUUGGUGAAUACUGAUGUCAGAUUUUCCCCUUCAGGCACUGUAUUAGGAAUGUUUCUCUGUACUGUGUAUUAGCUUAUGGUUACUUAUGUGUUAAAUGACAUUUCAAGGCUGGCCUCAUUUAUUCGACAUAAAAAUUAUUUUUUCAGCAGGAACUUUCCAAUGUUUUGGACCCUGAAUGAAGACUUCUUUCUGCCUCACUCAUCAGCUUUCUCUUCAGGAUGAAAUUUUCAAGAAAUUCCAAGCUAGGAGUUGUCAGGAAAGCCCUUGCCACAUUUUUCCAGUACAUAUUAUAUGCUAUGUUAGGAUUAUAGGCUUACACGCAUAGCCAUCCUACACUCACUGAAUCUAUAAGACUUCUCACCUUUAUGAGUUCUCUGGCACGUAAAGUAUCAAAUUUGACUCCAGAUAUCCACACAUUGAUUACAUGACUAAAGUUUCCCUCAAGUAUGGAAUCUCAGAUGAGAUGCCAGUGAAGAGUUCAGCUGAACACAUUGCCACAUUCAUUACAUUUGUAAGGUUUCUCUCCCAUGUGAAUUAUCAGAUGUUUUGCAAGGUAUGAACUACAACUGAACACUUUAUGACGCUCAUUACAUUUGUAAAGUUUCUCUCCAGUGUGGAUUAUGUGAUGCUUUGCUAGAAAUGAUCUACGACUAAACACUCUACCACAUUCACUGCGUUUGUAAGGUUUCUCUCCAGAAUGGAUUUUCUGAUGACUUGCUAGGUAUGACUUGUUCCUAAACACCUUGCCACAUUCGUUACAGUUGAAAGGUUUCUCUCCACUAUGGUUUCUUUGAUGGUUUACUAAGUAUGACUUUUUACUGAAGACUUUCCCACAUUUAUUACAUUUAUACGGUUUCUCUCCAGUAUUCAGUCUCCGAUGACUUCUAAGGUGUGAUUUUUUUUUCCUGAGUUUAUUGU